GCAGCACCUAAAGGGGCGGGGUAUCGAAAAGAAGACGAAUGUAGCUGAUAGCAAACAAGACUGGCAAGCAAGUAGGAAUUUUCCUACUAUUCUAAUUGUCCUCAGUUUUUCGGGCCAAGAACCACCAAACAUCGACUUUUUGGUCAUCUGAAAGCGAUCCCGGUAGUGGACAACAAAGUCUGCCUGCUUUCCCCUUUGCGUCCAGUAACUAAGUCAUCAUGUCAGCCCCAGGUUACCCAUCCCCUAACCAAGGUCCUGGAAGUUACUCCAUGGCCCCUUACCCUGUUCCUCAGGUGGGGUAUGGUGACCCUAACCAAGCUCCACCACCGGUUGGCUUCCAUAUGGGCUACAACCACCAACAACCCCAGCCAGGCCACCCAGUUAUGUACCAGCCUGGACCAGUAGGCCAGGGCCCAGGUCCUAUGCCCAUGCCUGAAUAUGGUGCACCUCAGAUGAGUCCUAGCCCAGGCUAUGGUGGUCCCGGGCCCGAAUACGGUGCUCCUAACUCAGGGCCUCAUGCAGCCAUCUCCCCAGCCCCUGCAGGAGUUGUGCCAGUCGGCGUUCCACCUGGUCUGGAAUACCUAACACAGAUUGACCAGAUCCUUAUACACCAAAAAGUGGAGUUGCUGGAAGCGUUCAUCGGCUUUGAGACCAACAACCAGUACGAGAUCAAGAACAGCCUGGGUCAGAAGAUCUACAAGGCCAAAGAGAAGAACGACUGCUGCACGCGCAACUGCUGCGGUGCCCUGCGCAGCUUCGACAUGAAGAUCAAGGACAACAUGGACCGUGAGGUCAUCCGCCUCAUACGACCCUUCCGCUGUGCCUCUUGCUGGUGCCCCUGCUGCCUGCAGGAGCUCGAGGUCCAAGCCCCGCCUGGCACUACCAUAGGCUAUGUGUCCCAGGACUGGAACCCCUGUGUGCCCAAGUUCUCCAUCAAGGGUGCCAACAAGGAGACCGUGAUGAAGCUGGAGGGACCCUGCUUCGCCUGCAACUGCUGCGGGGAUGUCAACUUUGAGCUGACGGGGAAAGAUGGAGGCAAGCCCAUCGGCCGCAUCAGUAAGCAGUGGAGUGGCCUGCUAAAGGAGGUCUUCACUGACACAGACAACUUUGGCAUCCAGUUCCCCCUGGACAUGGACGUCAAGAUGAAGGCCGUGCUCAUGGGCGCCUGCUUCCUCAUUGAUUUCAUGUUCUUCGAGAAGGUUGGCGACAUGAACCAGCGCAACACAGUCUUCUCGUGAAAAAGGAGGGAAAGACCGAGCGCUUGAUUCAAUGCACUCAGUUUUUCAGUUCCUGUUCGAAACCUACUUUUUUUCAGAUUCCGGAUGAAACUCCUUCCUUACUCCAAAGCUUAAAGGAAGCUGCCAUUCCAUGCCAGUCCCAGAACUCUUUGUGUGAAACAGCAUGAGACCUUAUCUGACGAUAAGCUUUCCUUUGCGCCAAAAUUGCCUUUCUGGACUGUUUCUCUCCGUCCAAAUAUAAGAAUCAGGAAGUUUUUUUUCUUUCUUAUCUGUAUGUGUGGGUUUCAGUACAGUAUAGAUGGAAAAGUACCCGUUUUAUAUCAAUCUAAAUUGACAUGCUUAAAUCUACAUUCCAUAUUUUUUUGGUGAUAACCACGGCAACCACCUGAAUACCAUAAUGUUUAAGUAGAAAUAUUAGACUCUACAUUUUGCGAUUUCUGUUUUGCAUUGAUAUAUUUAGCAUACAACAUGUCAUUCAUAAACCAAAUGUAUAUGUUAAUACAUGUCCAUCUUUCUAAACUUGAACCAGCCAUAGUGUAGUGAUCUAGGUAAUUUCAUGAUUUAGUCUAGUACUUCUAAACAGAUUGUAGAAUUUGUACAAUACUAUAGUAACUAUACCAGCUAUGGUGUUAUUAGCUCCUGUAUCAUAUUUUGUAAGACGAUCAUGCACAUAACCAUACAAAGUAUACUUAUGCGCUAUGGUGAAAACUGGGACACUACCAGUAGUGGGAGAAGGCUCAUUUUGACUAGGAAUGUUUGUGCUAAAUGUGUAGGAAAAUGAGAUGGUUGCAGAUAUGUUCAUGUAUUCUAAAGUGCUCUUUCUCUAGCCUUGUCUCGUACAGUAUGUGUAACUAUGUUGUCAUGCCACACAGAAGAGUUGGCUAUAGCACAUGCAGUAGGGGUCAACGAGGCUACUCUUUCCCUGCCUCUUUUCUCUUGGCUUGUCUCCCUGAAUUUGUGCAUUGUUUGCAGUGUGCAUGGUCUUUUCUGUUGCUAUGGAGACUGUCACUCCUUUUUCGUCUCUAGAGAUGAAAUCUGUGCCAGUAGAAACUGAAAGGAAGAGGGCGUGGUGAGAGGGGGAAACCGGAAAAAGAGCUGUGGGUAGUUAGAAGGAAAUAGUGGGUGGGAGAGAACAUUACUGAACAUUGAGGUCAGGCGGUUAGCCUCUUGACAGCCUGGAAAAUAAGAGUCAGGGAAACACUUUACUCUCUUGUGUAACCAUGCUAUUAUAUUAGUGAGAUGAUGCCUUACCAAUUGUGUUGGGAAGUAUACUGUACUCACGCGGCAUAGAUCCUUAAUGGUUGUUUAACAGAUUUGAAUGUCUGUUUCAAUGUCCACUUGCAUACUACUUAGAAUGCAUGGCCAAUACAUUAACUCAUUAUAAGUAGCAUGCUAGUAUGGACAUUGGCACGUUACCAUGUGAUUGUGAGGAGUAUAGAUCAGUGGAACUAUGGCGCAAAUGUUGCGAAGAGCAGUCGUCCUUGGAACAAAGCAUUGGAACAAAGCGUUAAGUCUUUAACCUUUAUUUCACUUCUUGGUGUGUCUCAAGUUACCAUAGAGAUGGAUAGAGGACUCUUGUGCCCCAAAGCCUGUUUUAGCAUGUGCAGUGCCAUUGACUUUCACCAGUUGAAGUAGUUAACGGGGUGGGACUUCCUAUGGGUUAAGGAAGGAUCACAUAAUUCCAUCUGGGUCAUCAGGAGGGAUCAGCCAGUUAAUUAUACUCGUGAGAAAACAUUCCACAGCUGCAGGUGACAGUAAAUUGCAAAUAUUUGCUUUAUGCCUGUUUAAACACAUUCCAGGUUGCAGUACCCUUUCAGUUUGUUUACCAACUCAUAGAACGAGUAGACAGAGACAUUUGACUGCUUUAAAGAGUGACUGCCUUUUAAGAAGCAAGGAAUACCUUUGAAAACAGCAUCCAUAUGAGUAAGUUAUUCUAGUGCCAAAAUUGACUACAAAGUGUAAAUAGGAUUAUUUUGGUCAUAAAGUCAGUCUCGUCUAAAACUGAGUUUGGAACAACGGGUAAAUUAAUGUUGGGAUUUGAUGAUGUCCAUUUGCCCACUAACAUGGGGUGAACCGCUUCAUUGAUUGCUCUGUAUCCAAUAAGCAUAGACAGCGAGACAGACCUGUCCAGCAGCUCUGACUUAAAGUAAGACGACACGUCACAUAUUUUACUUGCGAAAUACUGAAUACUUUUGGUCAGGAAACACACCUCCAAGACUGAAAUCACAUUUUUCUAAUGAGCAACAGAAAAAAAACGUGCUAAUCGAUGUGUUCAGUAGCUCUUUAAUGGAGAUGCCCAUGCGCUCACAGAUGCCAGAAUGGGACAGAUACAAAGAAGAGUCCUCUAUCAGUCUCUAUGGUCUAAAUGGAUAUAUCGUCCCUCAAUGGGGUGUGGCUGUGGUUCACAAAAGUGCCUUUUCACAUCCCAACUGUCUUCACUAGUAGGGAGCCAUUUUGGACAGACAAAGUAUCUGUCGAUGACUUCUCCAAAGCCACUAUCAGGAAGCAUUGAAAUAGUGUCAUAUUGCUGUGUUUCAAUUUAAUAUAGGCUAUACUUUAUCAAAUGUGAGAUUGUAUUAUUGCCAUUACUGUGCUCUGUAUGCGAUAGCUUAAUGUUCUGUUUGUGUGUAAGCAUGACCCCUAUCAAGGAAAUAGCCAAUGGAUGUGUUUCCAAUGCAUUUUCUACGUUGUAAUGAUUGUAAAAUGCAAUCAUUAAAAAUAACCUCUGAUCUCCAACUUGCUAGCUAUUAUUUUGUAUUUUAUUCAAGUGGAUAGGGUAGUGAAAUAUGAAGUGAUGUAGUUCUAUGUCAAAUUGGCGUUUUACGUACAGACGUGUUGAGGUGAACAUUUGAAAAUCGUUGGAGGCAACCCGGAUGUCUAGAGGCUGCAUUGUUUGUGGAUAGUGCAUUAGGCAAAUAUGUCAAACAUUUAAAUACUUUGGGGCAAGUGGAGAUGUUUUGUACCAUUUUUGUUUCUGAACAUUUUCCUGGGAAACUUUUCCAAAUGUUAUGUUUUUUUUUAAAGAAAACCAAUCUUGUGCUGAGGCAGAAACUAAUGUGAUUGGGAGAUAGGUUACCAAUCUCCACCCGGAGGAUUUACACUAUACUGCAACUAAUUAAACCUACACCUCAGCCUUU